UGUAAAAUGAGGUGAUAUGAUUCAUUGCGCUUCAGAUGUGGAUGACUGUUCUAGCACACUGUUUCAGAUUCGUGUGACAAGUAUGGACUUCGCCAUCGAUAAAUCGCCAUUAACUGAAUCUGAAGAAACUCGUAGUAAUUCUCAUCUUCCUUCAAUUACAGUCGUUCGACCAAAACAAUCAAGACGAUACAAGCUGCUGCCAAAAGAAAAACUUCGUUUCCCUAAAAAUGAUGUAUCGAGUCAGUUUUGGAGCAAAAGUAAUUAUACCAAACAUAUGCCACUUAUCCCUGUGAACUGUGAUGAUAGCGAAGAGUUUGAUGGCUCAUUGUUUCAAAAAGUUUCCAAUGAAGGCUUACACGACUUUUUAAAAAGUGAUCGACAAACUCGUGGAUGGUCUAACCUUUCAAAAAAUGCUGAUGAAUGGGAUGAUUGGGAUCUGAAUCUUUCAAUACCUAGUCAGCAAAGAACACGGUAUUGUUGUCCUUUAGGUUGUAUAUUAUCAUAGGACAAUACGUAUUCAAAUUUGAACUAAUGAUUCUUAUUGUUUUCUCUUUUCUCGUUUUAUACCAUAAGGCUUUCUCAUAACUCAAUCUUUCCUGUUUUAUGCAUUUUUGAUCAGAAUAAGCAUUUACUUUUUAUUAUUUUGAGAUUUUUAUCUUCUCUAAUAUAAAUCUAAUAUUUUUGCGUAAUUAUAUGAAUUUUCUUUAUUGAGUAUAGUGUUUAUUAUAUAGAAAGUUGUGUUGUUAGUCAGUGAUACUCUUUCUUUUCUCAUGUCAUCAUGUUAACUUUGCAUGAUAUUGCUUAAGUCGCUGGUAUAAACAAGAAUAUUCUAUGUUCAACAGGAUUUAAAAUAAUAAUGUAUAGCUUUAA